AAAAGUAAUUAAUAAAAAAGAAAAGCAAAUGAAGCGUGACGUGGACUUCAUUGGGACCCCGAGCCCGCAAGGACGGCCCAGAUUCUCUUGUCCCUCCGUCCGUCGCAUUUAUCUUCUCCCUUCCCCAGUCUCCAUCCCCCCACUCUCUUCCCCUUACACUCCACUCCCCAGAACUCCCAAUCAUGCUGCUGGGGAAGCGCCCGCGCCCUCCGAUCAGGCGGACCACGAGCACGACCGGACUCACCGUCGAUCUGUCCGACGUCGAGGCCACCAAUCAGCCGUCCGAUGUCCACCCCAUGCAAGCAACCCCGCUCGCUCCUGGAGAUGGACAGCCACCUGUAAAUCUCAACUCUGGUUACGAUCAGCAGUUCCACGCCAUGGUCUCGCCCAGAGAGUAUAGAGGCGGUUCCUCUGAUUUUACGGAGACCCCUCAUUUUCUAAGGUCCUGUGGCCUCUGUAAACGACGGUUGGCCCCUUCCCGAGACAUUUACAUGUAUAGAGGGGAUACGGCGUUUUGUAGUUUAGAGUGCAGGGAGAAACAGAUGAAGCAGGACGAAAGUAAAGAGAAGACGAGGGUUGUAGCUUCUAACUCCGGCUCCGAAGCUUCUUCGACUAAAAGCCAGACGGUGGCUGCUGGUUGAGGAUAUAUAUGAGAAGAAAUUUAAUUAGGAAAAUUAACUUUAUCAUGAAUAGGCUGCCUAGAGAGAGGGAUAAAUAUGAAAAAGAAAAAAAGAAACUUGUGCGAAUUGUAUAUUUAUAUAUGUCAUCAUCGUAUCUCUCAUGCAAUUUUAAUGCCCACUAAUGUUUAACAUCAUAGGCUGCUUGGUGAUGGCGGCCAAAAAAACCAAUGUUGUGUUAAUGGAAUAUGUUGUAAGAAAAUUGUAAACGACUA